CUUAAGACGGAAAAGACGACAGCGUAUACGCUUUCAUUAGUAAUAUUAUUAGUGUUACCCUUCCGAGAUCAACAACAAUGGCGGAUUAUGAGAACGUUUGUCGGGGUUCUUUGAAGUUAAAAGGUGUUUCUGAUCAUAAGAUUAAAAAAAAGAAGAAAAAGAAGGAGAAGGAGAAAGAGUUGUCAAAAAUGUAUGAGAACAUAGCAUCUAAUGCAAGUACUUCAAGUGAUGAUGGAUCAAGCUCUGUGAGAAUUGAUAAACGGACAGCAGCUGAACUAGCUUUUGAAAAGGCCAAGGAGAAAAAGAUGGCACAGCAGAUCUUUGACAAGGCAACAAAAACUCAUAAAGAAAGAAUCAUGGAAUUUAAUCAACAUUUAGACAAUCUCACAGAACAUUUUGAUAUUCCUAAAGUUAGCUGGACUAAAUGAUGGAAGGACAUUGUACACAACACUGUCUUGUCUACAUAUUUGUUAAUAGUAAUGUGAAAUUCUUAAUGUGAUGAUAGAAAUGGAGGAGGAUUCUUCAGUAUACGUUGAAAUUUCACGUGCUUAAAAAAUUUUGAGUACUCUAACCCUAGGUUAGAAAAGAAGUCACAUGUUUUGAGAAGUACAACCAGAGAGUCUUGACAAUGUUAAAGUGUCUCUACAGUGUAUGAAUUGACUUUUUCUAUUUUAACAUAAGAUUACUGUAUAUAAUUAUGUAGUAUUAUUUAAUAAAAUCUUGUCAUUGAAUUUUUUAUCAUACUGUAUUGAUUGUAUAUAUUAUCACAUUCACAGUAUUUUUGAAAAAUAUUAAGAAAGUUCUUUUAAACACUUCUCAUGAAAAAGGAAACAAAUGUAAAAUUAUAGUAAAAAUGUUGUCUUAAUUACUACAAUGUUGAAUAUUUUAAAUCUCUAUCUGAAUUAUCAUUAUUAGCAUUAUGUAUCCAGAUUUAUUUUAUGUUCAUUUAAUUGAAAAAUGUUUCAUUUUUUUAAAAAUAAAAUCACUGUAGGGUCAUAUUUCUGAUUGCUGUGAGCUAAAAGACAGCAGUUGAUUUGUUAGUAUACAUUUUGUUACUGUCCAAGUUCACGCUGUCUCAAAAAAUACUUAUUUUCAGUUUACACUCAUUAUUAGCUGUUAAAUGCAUGUUGAUUCAACCUUGAUACUCAGUUUUAUCAUUGAUUAUGGCACAAGUUAAAAUCAUCUUGCCCCUUUUGUUUUGAUUUUAGAGGCAUCACACAAAUUAAAAAUUCAGAGAAGUUACAUGUAUUACAUAAUCUUGUGUUCCUAACAAUGCACUUAAUGAUGAAGUAUUAAAUUUUAUUUUGUCAUCUUUUGUGAUGUUUUGAUAUUUAUACAGAGGAAAAUAAUUAAUUUAAGUAACUUAUAUAAAAUUUAUAAUUUAGAUAUUAUGUUUUGGUUUUACAUUAGGUACAUUAGGCCAACAAGUGAACAAAUGUUCUAACAUGUAAAUAUGGCAGUUGUUUGUAAUGUAUUUACAUCAAUUUAUUCAGCCAGAUUCUGCACAGCAAAUUGUAGGGGUGUCAUGGUCAGCAAAAGAUAUAAUGUGUUUUAAGUGGCAAUCUCUAUACCAUGUUAAAAAUUUUAAAGACCAUAAUUAAAAAAAUUCUUAGAUUUUCAAUACAUAAACUUUGUUUAUGAAAUUUUGGUUGUAUUUUAUAGAACUUAUUACAAUACAUAUCCAAUUUUGGAUUAACUUUUUUGGUAGGGCCGUACAGUUUGCAAUAAGAUAACAUGUAAUCAGAAAAAAUAUAUUGUGGAGUACAAUUAAAAUAUAAACAAAAA